GGCGAUUCCAGCGAGCGGACUGAUGACGUCAGCGUUUGGGCUCCAUGGCAGCUCGGCGGCGGGGGACUGCCGGCGGCAGAACGCGAGCUGAAAGAGUUAAUAAUGGCAAAACAGUUGCAGAAGACCCUCCUCCUGCAAAGAAAAUUCGAAAAUGUCACAGGGUGAAAAAGGAGCCUGUGGCUGAAGGAAAGGCAGAUAAUGACAGGACUGAAGACAAGCAAGAGUCUGUGAAGACCUUGCUGUUAAAGGGCAAAGCUCCAGUGGACCCAGAGUGCACAGCCAAGGUGGGGAAGGCCCAUGUGUACUGUGAAGGAAAUGAUGUCUAUGAUGUCAUGCUAAAUCAGACCAAUCUCCAGUUCAACAACAACAAGUAUUACCUGAUUCAGCUGUUAGAAGAUGAUGCCCAGAGAAACUUCAGUGUUUGGAUGAGAUGGGGCCGAGUUGGGAAGACAGGGCAGCACAGCUUGGUGGCUUGUUCCAGGGACCUCAACAAGGCCAAGGACAUCUUUCAAAAGAAAUUCCUUGACAAAACAAAAAAUAAUUGGGAGGAUCGUGAGAAGUUUAAGAAGAUGCCUGGAAAAUAUGAUAUGCUACAGAUGGACUAUGCUAGCAGCACACAGAAUGAAGAGGAAACAAAGAAAGAGGAAUCUCUUAAAUCCCCCUUGAAACUAGAGUCACAGCUAGAUCUUCGUGUACAGGAGCUGAUAAAGUUGAUCUGUAAUGUCCAGGCCAUGGAAGAGAUGAUGGUAGAAAUGAAAUAUGAUACCAAGAAAGCUCCACUUGGGAAGCUGACAGUGGCACAAAUCAAGGCAGGUUACCAGUCUCUUAAGAAGAUUGAGGAUUGUAUUCGGGCUGGCCAGCAUGGACGAGCUCUCAUCGAAGCAUGCAAUGAAUUCUACACCCGAAUCCCACAUGACUUUGGACUCCGUACCCCUCCAUUAAUCCGGACAGAGAAAGAACUGUCAGAUAAAGUACAACUACUGGAGGCUUUGGGAGACAUUGAAAUUGCAAUUAAGCUGGUGAAGACAGAACUGCAAAGCCCAGAACACCCAUUGGACCAACACUAUAGAAAACUAAAGUGUGCCUUGCACCCUUUAGACCAUGAGAGUUAUGAGUUCAAAGUGAUCUCCCAGUACCUACAGUCUACCCAUGCUCCCACACACAGUGACUAUACCAUGACCUUGCUGGAUGUCUUUGAAGUUGAGAAGGAGGGUGAAAAAGAAGCCUUCAGAGAGGACCUUCAUAACAGGCUGCUACUCUGGCAUGGCUCCAGGCUGAGUAACUGGGUAGGAAUCCUGAGCCAUGGGCUUCGAAUCGCCCCACCUGAGGCUCCCAUCACAGGUUACAUGUUCGGAAAAGGAAUCUACUUUGCUGACAUGUCUUCCAAGAGUGCCAAUUAUUGCUUUGCCACUCGCCUAAAGGAUACUGGGCUGCUGCUCUUAUCAGAGGUAGCUCUGGGUCAGUGUAAUGAGCUACUCGGGGCCAAUCCAGAGGCAGAAGGAUUACUGCAAGGCAAACACAGCACCAAGGGGCUGGGCAAGAUGGCUCCCAGUCCUGCGUGCGCCAUCACCUUGAAUGGGAGUACAGUGCCAUUAGGACCAGCAAGUGACACAGGAAUUCUGAAUCCAGAGGGUUACACGCUCAACUACAAUGAAUUUAUCGUCUAUAACCCCAACCAGGUCCGUAUGCGAUACCUUCUAAAGGUUCAGUUUAAUUUCCUGCAGCUGUGGUGACUGUUGAUAUUAAGAUAUGACAAACCGGAGAAGAUGUGACCU